AAAAAGCCAAAUGUUUUGUUGAUCAAUAUUCAAAGUAUACCAUAAACGAUACAAAUGGUAAUCCAGUACAUCUGAAUGGCCAUCUGACUCUAGGUGAAAAUUUAGCCGAUAACGGAGGAAUAAGAGAAGCUUAUCAGGCGUGGUAUACCCGAUACGAAAAGGAUUCAGACGAAGAAUAUAAUAACAUUUUAUUACCUGGAUUUGGUAAUUUAACUCGUGAGCAAAUAUUUUUUAUUUCAUAUGGACAUUCUUGGUGUUCAAAAACCAGGCCUGAAACAGCUGUUGAAAGGGUUCGUACUGAUCCUCAUUCCCCUCCAGCUUGGAGAGUCAAUGGUGUUUUACGCAAUUCGGAGAAAUUUUCUGAGAUUUUUAAAUGUAAAUCCGGGUCUAAAAUGAAUCCCGUAGAAAAAUGUAGUUUAUG